GAAAAUUUCCCCAAAAUCUUUCCCGACGACGGCGAGGUCUCCCUCGAAGACUAGACAAUACGACAACCAGUUGUAUGGUCUGGGUGCACUCAACAAAGCUACAUCGAAGAUCGAGCACAGAGUUACGUCAGUCAUUCUCACCUGCUUCAGUCCUCCCUUCAACACUUCUCGAAAUUUCCUACCAGCAUUCUUAAAACCCAACCGCAAUAAUGAGGAUCGAAACAUGUCACCUCUGUUCCCGCCCAGUCUACCCAUCAAAAGGCAUAACUUUCGUCCGCAAUGACGCCAAAGUUUUCCGGUUUUGCCGUUCGAAAUGCCACAAGAACUUCAAGAUGAAGCGACAACCACGUAAACUGAAGUGGACGAAGACAGCUCGCGCCCUGCAAGGCAAAGAGAUGAUCGUCGACCAGAACCUGCUGCUCUCCCAGUUCGCUAAGAGACGCAACGCCCCUGUCCGAUACGAUCGCAAUUUGAUCGCCGCCACGAUGAAGGCUAUGGAGCGCAUCGAGGAGAUCCGAGCACGAAGAGAACGGGUUUACACCAGACGGAGACUUAGUGGAAAGGCACAGCGUAUGCACAAGAAACGGCAGGAUCUCAAGGUCAUCGCCCAAGGCGAACAUCUUAUUGCCAAGGAGUUGGCCGAUCUCGAGGCUGCCAGAGCCGAGAUGGAGCCCAUGGUCGAAGAUGUCAAGAGCCAGAUGGAGACGUCGAGAUUGGUGGGCGCGGAGAGACUCAGACAAAAGAGAAAGACGAAGAUGCUUGUUGGUGGAGGUGUGGAGGAAGAGAUGGACGUGGAUUGAGUGUGGUUUUGGUCCAUUGUCAUCUCAUGAGAGUGAUGCCUUACGAUACCCGGCGUUUG